UCCUCCCACUGCCACUGGCCGUCCCUCCUCCCCCCGCCGCCCCUUUCUCCCUCCCACAUCUGCUAAACUCUCCCGGGCCGAGCCUGCCAGGGAGCCGGGACUCUGCGCCUUCCAGUCCGGACCCGACACCUUCCGCCAUCCGGCCACCCUCCUGCCUGGCCAAGGUAAAGCGCAGAGGGAGAGAAGCCGUGCCAGAAGCACCAAGGUGCGCUAGUGCCGGACCUCAAAUGUCCCAAAUACUGCAGACAAUGACCAGCCAAGAUGUGACCGUGAAAAAGGAACUCCCGGAGGAAGAGAUUCCGCCGGCGUCCUGGCAGGACAAGACCAAAGACUCCACUAAGAAGAAAAUGAAUGAUCAAACUGACGAAGUGCCUGCCGAAAUCUGUGUCGUGAUUGGAGACAACAGGAAACAGCAAAGUGUUGGGGAAAACUCGCCUGAGAGGCACGAAGCCUCAAUGAGCCGGGAAACCUCAUGGAGUGGAAGUGUCCGACAGAGGAGCAUUCCCCCACGGAUCAGCACAUCAUCCCCAGGGUCUUAUGAAUGUGGGAUUUGUAGGAAGAAGUACAAAUACUACAACUGUUUCCAGACGCACGUGCGGGCGCACAUAGACAAUGAAUCGGCGUCAGGCGAGGGGGCAUCGCAGGGAAACAAUUUUCGCUACACGUGUGACAUCUGUGGCAAAAAGUACAAAUAUUACAGCUGCUUCCAAGAGCACAGGGACUUGCAUGCAGUGGAUGACACCUAUAUCCAUAUGAUGGUAACGUCAGGGGACAUUAAAGAAGAGGACUCUGAGCCAUUUCUCAAACUGGGUCCAAAGACGGGCAACUAUAUGUGUGAGUAUUGCGGCAAGCAGUACAAGUACUACACUCCCUACCAGGAACACGUGGCACUCCAUGCACCCAUCAAGCGAGCAUUCAGCCCUGAUGUGGAAUCCAGGGAAUCAAAGACGGCCAAUAACUAUGAUGAAACAAACAGCACCUCGCAGCACUCGAGUGCAGGUUCCAACAGGACACACCCUGGCAUGGCCGACAUGGUGGCUGGAGGGAAUGUGACCAGUUGGCAGAAAGAAUCCUCCAACCCAGUGAUUGUCGGCCCCUUCCCAUUGGUGCAAGAUAACCGGAAACCAUAUCUGUCCCCAACCAAGACUUCCCCCUGUAUGAACAGUGGGCGGAGCUCAGUGCCCAAACAGGAAAUGGAGCCGAGGGGGGUUGAGCUGGAAAUCGGUAAGGGAUGGAAGAAGAAAAUAAAACGGAAAGAGGAAACCAACAAUAAGCCUGCGAGGGAAGAGAAGGGAGGCAAAACAGAAGAGCCCUACACAUGUGGUGCUUGUGGGAUCCAGUUCCAGUUCUACAACAACCUGAUGGAGCACAUGCAGUCCCAUGCUGCCGAUAACGAAAAUAAUAUUCCAACCAACCAGUCCCGCGCGGCACCUCCAGCGGAAGAGCAGUGGAAAACACAACCUCAAAGAAAUAACACCAAUAACACUGCAGGGACAGCCCCUACAAACAACUCCCUGCCUGAGAAGGAACGCCAACAUAUUGCUGAACGGCUGCUGAGGGUCAUGUGUGCCGACCUGGGAGCACUGAGUGUGGUCAAUAGCAAAGACUUCCUGAAACUGGCACAGACCCUCGUAGACACUGGAGCUCGUUAUGGAUCAUUUUCCGUAAAUGAAAUUCUGGGCAACAUGAACACCCUUGCUCUCAAGCAUUUACCUCGAAUGUACAACCAGGUCAAAGUGAAGGUGACUUGUGCUCUGGGGAGCAAUGCCUGCUUGGGGAUUGGGGUUACAUGCCACUCUCAGAGUGUCGGUUCCGACUCCUGCUACAUUCUCACAGCUUAUCAGGUGGAGUGCAAGCAAAUAAAACGAUAUGUGUUGGGUAUAAAAGACGUUGACAACAGGGACAGCGGGGAGUUUAUUCACCAGUGGGUGCAGAAUGUCCUUUCUGAGUUUGUCAUGUCAGAGAUUCGGACGGUGUAUGUGACGGACUGCAAAGUCAACUCCUCGGCUUUCUCCAAGGCUGGCACCUGCCUCCGCUGUUCUGCCUGCUCCUUGAACGCUGUAGUGCAAAGUGUGUUAAACAAGCGCACGCUACAGGCACGCAGUAUGCACGAGGUGAUUGAACUUCUGAAUGUCACCGAGGAACUGGCCGGCUCCUCCGGCAUUGCAAAAGAAACAUUUGGCUCCUUGGAGGAGAGCUGCCCGCCGCCUUGCUGGAACUCUGUCACCGAUUCCCUCCUGCUUGUUCAUGAACGCUAUGAGCAAAUCUGUGAAUUCUACAGCCGGGCUAAAAAAAUGAACAUCAUCCAGAACCUCAACAAGCAUUUACUGAGCAACUUGGCAGCCAUCUUGGCGCCCGUCAAGCAAGCUGUGAUCGAUCUUAGCAAUGAACGCAAGCCCACCUUGCAGCUUGUAUUGCCCACCUAUGUGAAGCUGGAGAAACUCUUCACCUCCAAAGCAAAUGAUGCGGGCAUCAUCAGUAAGCUGUGCCACCUCUUUCUGGAGGCUUUGAAGGAGAACUUUAAGGUGGAAUCGGCACAUAAAGUCGCUAUGAUCUUGGACCCUCAGCAAAAGCUGAGACCUGUCCCGCCUUACCAGCAUGAAGAAAUCAUCGGCAAAGUCUGUGAAUUGAUCAAUGAAGUCCGUGAUGUCGUUGAGGAACAGGAGUUUGAGACUCCGCCUAAAAAACCCAGACAAACCUCAGAAACAUCCAAAGGUCUAGAAGAGGAUUGCUUGGGCAAAGGUGAAGUGUAUGACUAUUUGCAGGAGCCUCUGUUUCAAGUGACCCCGGACCUCUUCCACUAUUGGUCCUCUGUAACCCAAAAGCAUUCCAAACUUGCCAAACUUGCCUUCUGGCUACUGGCUGUCCCGGCCGUCGGAGCCAGGAGCGAGUGUGUAAAUAUGUGUGAACAAACCUUGUUAAUCAAAAGGAGAAGACUUCUAAGCACAGAGGAGACCAAUAAAGUCAUGUUCCUCAAGUCCAAUAUGCUUUAAAAGAAAGACAUUUUGGGUAUAACACUUACAAAAAAAACACUGUUCCAAAUAAAUGACAAAUGCAGUACAAACUGAAAACACUGUGGACCUCAGAAUGAAAACUUUAGGGAAUUUUAAAGUGCAUUUUUUUUCUUAUUUUUACUGAAAGGAAGUUAACAGAAAAUAGAUGAGAAGAAUGGGUUUGUGGGUGAUCCAAGCACAGAGCGAGACAAGAGUCCCGGAUGGAGCCAUAGAGUUCCGGGUAACAGGCAGGUGACUUCCACGGUCGCAGCAAGACUUCCUCCUCCUCCUCCUCUUCCUCACUGCUCCAUCAAAUCAAUUGUGCACUUUCAGGGCAUUGGGGGAGCCUUAUUAAGGUGUCUGCAAAGGAGCCUUUUAUAUACCUGGGGGACGGUCUUUCCUUAGAAUCCAUUCCCUGUUUCGCUUUAUUUGACUUUUUUUUUCUUUUUUUAAGGCAGAAAAGAGAGUAUUUACUAAAGGGAAGAAUAUAUUGAACUUUUUGUAAGUUUCUUUCAACUACUGUAUGCUGGCUCAUUGUCCUCUAAAUGGAAUGUAAGCAGGGAUUGAAUGGGGAGACAAAUUCCUUCCCUGCGAUGCUGAGAGGUAUCCCUGAUACAACUGACUGCUUUUGGCAUUCUGUACAGCUCAUUGCAAGGUUCAUGUUGAAAUUUAUACAGGACAUUUUCUGAGAA